AUGUCUGUCUCUAAUGAAACAUCUUUGGAACCUCCUAUCCUUGCAACAAACCGCUCUAACUCUAACACUUUGGGAAACGAUUCCGCAGAUGGAAAGUUGAAUAAUACAGAAAUGAUUCUUAAGGAUAAAAUAGAGGCAAAUCCACUAGAUAUUCUCGGUUAUAUUGAUUUGAUUAGGCACUAUGAAAGCACAGACCAAUUUGAAAAGGGCCAAGAGGUAUAUAAUAAAUUGCAUGAGAGAUUCCCCUUAUAUUCUCCAUUAUGGGUUAUUCAAUUGAAAGGUAAUUUAUUAAGAGAUGAAUUUGUGUAUGUUGAGAAAUUGCUAGCUCAGUGUCUUUCUGGGAGUGAUAUAAUAAACAACGAUCUUUCACUUUGGAUGACAUAUUUAGAUUAUGUUCGUCGAAAGAAUAACUUGAUUACUGGUGGACAAGAGGCACGUUCGAUCAUUAUUCAAGCUUUCGAUAUGGUAAUGAACAAGUGUGCAAUAUUUGAACCACAUUCUUCACCCUUUUGGAACGAUUAUCUAACUUUUUUAGAGGCAUGGAAACCUAUGAAUAAGUGGGAGGAACAGCAAAAAGUGGAUAUGAUCAGAAGAUUAUAUAAGAAGAUGCUUGUUAUUCCCUUCGAUAACUUAGAAACUAUGUGGAAUAAAUAUAUUAAGUGGGAACAAGAGAUUAAUAAUUUGACAGCAAGAAAAUUUAUUGGCGAGUUGUCUGCAGAUUAUAUGAAGGCCCGUUCCUUGUAUCAAGAAUGGUCAAAUCUGACUACUGGGUUAAGGCGUGUAUCUCCCGUUAAUAUCAAUACAUGUAAUAAAAAUAAUAUUCCACAAAUAGAUCAAUUUACUACUGAUUCUGACAAAAAAAGUUCUCAAUCAGAACAAAUCCAGCUAUGGUCAAGAUGGAUUGAGUGGGAAAAAGAGAACAAGUUGACAUUAUCUGAAGAAAACUUAAAUGAAAGAUUGAUGUAUGUUUAUCAACAAAGUAUUCAAUAUAUGAUUUUCACACCAGAGGUGUGGUAUAAUUAUGUAAUGUAUAUCCCAGAGACUGAUUUAAUGAAAAGAAUCAGGAUUUUAAACAUUUCUAUUCAAGCUAAUCCGUCUUCUCCGACUUUAGUGUUCAAACUGACAGAAUGUUAUGAAUUGGAGAAUAAUGUGGAACAGAUCAAAAAAUGUUAUGAAUCUGCAAUUGAUUUCUUGUUAAAACAAAACAGAUUGUUACAAUUAAUUCAGAAUCAGGCCCAUGAUUCUGACCAUAUAGGGAAUACCGAUCUCGUUGAUGUCAUGUCAAAUAAAAAUUCUCAUUUAAAUAAGAUUAAAAAACAAUUAACAUUUAUUUAUUGCAUAUAUAUGAAUACAAUGAAGAGACUCUCUGGUCUUUCAGCUGCAAGAGCUGUUUUUAGUAAAUGUCGUAAAUUGAAGAAUCAAUUAACACAUCACAUUUACAUUGAAAAUGCGUAUUUGGAAUUCCAGAAUCAAAAUGAUCAUAAGACCGCAUGUAAAGUCUUGGAGUUAGGUUUGAAAUAUUUCCAAAAUGAUGGCGAGUAUAUUAUUAAGUAUAUGGAUUUUCUAAUCUUAAUCAAUAAAGACGCGCAAGUAAAGCAGUUAUUUGAGACAUCAUUAGAUAAAGUGGAAGAUAACGACCAUGUGAAGCAGAUAUUCAAAAGAAUGAUUGGUUAUGAAUCUAAGUUUGGUAAUUUGAAUAACGUGUAUGCUUUGGAGAAAAGGUUCUUAUCUAAAUAUCCAAAUGAAAAUCUUAUUGAAUUGUUUACAGAUAGAUAUAGGAUUCAAAAUGAAAAUUAUAUUAAAAGAUUGGAGUUAACUUAUCUUUAUGAUUUGGAUAAAGAAAAGUUGAAAUUAUUAGGAUCACUAACAAAUAAAGAGGGUUAUUCAGAGAGUGUGAACAAGAUAAGGAAAAGAAGAAGAGCAUCCGUUGAUGAAUUUGAGCAAGAAACUGAUCUUAAUAAAAGACAAAAUAAUGGUCCACAUAUUCCUAACGAAAUUAUUGAUGUCUUAAAAGUGUUACCAAAACGUCAAUAUUUUAAGAAUACAUUAUUAGAUCCAAAAAACUUGAUAGAUUUUCUAGUAAAUCAAAUAGAGAUACCUGAACAUUAA